AUGUUGAAAGUGUGCAUUCUGGCAUUCGCACUCAUAGCUGUCUAUGCUCAUAAAGACAUGGCUUUGACUGAAGUAGCAGACGAAAUAUCUUAUUUGGCAGAUCAAGAGCUAACAGAAGCAAAAAAAGCCGGGAGCACAGAUCAGACCGUAAGAGAACAAUUUGACCGUAUCCGACCUCGUAUGCUUUUUAGACUACAGAGAUUAUCUGAUAUACGCAUGCAUGCGAAUAAAUCAACAGCAAACAUCUACGGCCCUAAGUAUAACCAGCUUUUCAAUUCUGUUAUGCUCUACAGAAGCAAGUACUUCCUUGCAAAGCCAUCUGAAGCAGUAACCAAGCAGUUUGCAAUCGAAGGAUUGACACGCAUCAAGAAAGUGUCAACGCAAAUCAAGAACAAGAGCAAAAGGCUGUUAUAA